UUGAGUGUCUUAAGUGCGUAUCGCCGUAGGUCUGCAGUUCAGUUUGAGGAAGGUUGAACUGCUUCACGGGAAAGAUCGUUUGCCUAUCUAACUUACUGGUAUAAGUUCUGGAGAGUUUGUAGCCUUUGCCUUACACUGCUGUGACUCGCAAUUUUGUUUACAUGCUCACAUUAUCACCGCUUGUCUGAGAGUUAGCUAAAGAUGGAUACAUUUCCGGUGAGUGGGCGUAGUGAGAGAGCACGAAAUCUGCCGUUAUAAGGAAAGUGAAAUCAGCUGCAGAGUCCAGAGAGGUGUGGAGACCGCUUGAGUGGCUGAUAGCAUGACAGUGCAUUGGACAUGGUUUGAAUGCCAUGACUGCUCUUGUUUGGAUGCUCUCAUGGCUGCCUCUGGUUUUGCCAGCUAUGAGUGAGCUCCCAAUGCCUGUCAAUGUUACCUUGACCACGAGCCAUUUCAGUCAUAUUCUGAAAUGGGAGCCUGGACCAGGGACAACCACAGGAGCCUACUAUCUUGUCAGCAUUACAACAGAGAGGGGAACCUGGAUGCCUGUGGCAGGCUGUGAGCAUGUCCAGCAGCCUCUGGUUUGCAACCUGACUGAGGCGUUCUCAGACCCACUGGAGACCUACAUAACCAUGGUUAAAGCUCACAACAGCUCACUGUCAGCCAUCAUUUCAGGAUAUACACCCAUUAUGCACCUGGGUCUUCCACUGCUGACGGUCAGGUCCUGUGGCAGAGAUCUGUGUGUGGAUCUUCAACCUCCCAAGGAGCACCUUCGGGAGGCCUUUGAUAGUCUUAGUUACCAAUUAAAGAUCAGGAGCAACUAUUGGAAAGAAUCUCAGUUUGUUGAAGAAACCAAGUCCCUGAAAACAGUAAUUCUGACGGAGCUGGCACCAGGUAGACAAUACUGUGUCUCAGUUCGCUUCUCAGAUGGGCUGGAGGCCAAGAAGUCUAACUUUAGCCAACCAGUGUGUGCAGUCACCCCUGGCAUCUUCCCUGAAGACUCAUUGAUCUCAACCUCAUUGUGCUUGUUGGUGAUCGUUGUAGUGGUUGUUGUUGCCCUGCUGGUUGGUACUGGUUGCAUCUGUUUGAAAAGGAGACCACUACCGACAGUCCUGGCAUCCAUCCAGCACAUGGAGAAUGUUCUGGUUGUUGCGACUCUUACCACACCCUUAUCUUCGUUCUUGAAAAUUUGGCCAACGGUGCCCUCUCCAGGUGAGAAGAGGAGCAGGUUGUCAUUAUCUGAUGAGAGUGAUGAGGAAAGUGCAACAGAGAGCACCAGUGGGAGCACAGGGGGAUGUUAUAAUCUACGGCUGGGCACUAGCCUCCUCUCUUCCUCCUCUUCCUCAUCUUUGUCAACUUCUUUAUCCCCUAAGCCUGAACCAUCACCUGGUCUGUCCUCAAAACAGCCAUUAGACUUCUUCAACUCACAGCCCAAAGGCCUUAUUCCAACAGACACUCAUUCCAGUGCUGGACUGAAGCCCUUACUGAUCACAGGCACAGACAGUUUGACUGGAGAAGAAAGCAAGGCAGAAGAGACAGAGCACAAGGCAGUGGGACAGAGGGACAGCCAGGAUGUGAACCUCCUUACAUUAACAUUUGGCCGGCAGGGGGAGAACAUAGAGGAGGAGGAGAAGUCAUACCGCUACAUGACAAAAGUGGAGCAAGAGUGUCAUUCUUCUUCCGAGGAGUGCAGCAGUACUGAAGUUUCACAAACUUCAGGCUCCAAGGAAAUUGCCACAAAAACCAUUUCCUUGUGUGUUGAUGAAGAGGAGGAGGAAGACACAGUCAAGUACUCUGGAUAUAUGGAGCGCACAUGUACAGAUGUAUGAUAUGAUUUUAUGUAGAGAUUUGAAGGUGGUAAUUUUGUGCUGUUUUCAUAUUGUGUGAAAAGCAGUGUUUGAAAGAAAGGCUGAGGUUGUCAGUGCAUACACUUCACUGAUCUAGAUUUAGUUCCAUUAACUCAAUGAGAAUGCUUAAAACAGAUUUUAUGAUAAGUAAUUAUCAUUUAUACUUAUUACUGGCCAUGGUGUACCUACACUGAGUCAGUGCUGGAGAAGGACCUGAAGGUUUUAAGAACAGUCUGAAGUGACAGUAAAUGACAGUGUCCUUCUUCCAUUUAAAAUGGCACUUGAGGCUAGGGUUGAGGCUAAACAGCAUCUUAUCAGAACUAAAUAUGCUUCCUAGCCUUGUCAACAGCAAAUCAUUUGAAUCUCUAAUCACAUCUUUUUAAGUAUGUAGUUUGUUUGGUGGAGAAUGACAAUCAGUUUAAAAUGAUCCUUUAAAUGUUUAUUUCACUCCAUGCAGCAACAAAUUAAACAAUGUCACAAAAUAAAUUACUUAAAAUUUAAAAGUCUAGUUUCUUCUGAACAUUAAAAACACAAUAGAUCAAAACAAGGCAAAAGACGAAGCUUGGAGAAAUUGCUAUCUGGCACAGAGUUAAAAACAUGUUUUCAGGCAGGUGAACUGGGUAAAGUUAAGCUUAAACUGCAUUGAAUGAAAGUAUAUUGUGAUCAGGCACACACAUCCUUAGUCUUGAAAUUGUUAGGAUUCAGACGUCUGUAUAGAACUAGGCCAAGGCUCUGACCCUUCAAAUGCAUGGAUUAUUGCCUGAGUGAGUUUGAAAAAUUUAUUUGUCAAAUUGAUUUUACCAUCACAUACAAUAAGAGUUUUGUUAUACUUUGAUAUAAAUUGGGUUAAUAACAUCAAAACAUUGUUUAGUGUAGAUGGUCUGUAGAUUGCCACAGUGCUGCCAUUCACAGAAUUCGACAGGUGUUAAGCUGAGGCCAGUUUCUCAUUUUUCCUGGUUUGUCAAGUUUGGAACCUCUAGGCAAAUCAGCCAUGUUUGUUUACAGGAGCGUAACUGAGUUAUCGCUUGUUUGUAAAAGGAGUAAGUGUUGUUUUUUUUUGUUUUUGUUGAUAAUGCCUGUAGUGUCGGAGAGAGGCAAAACAGACUAACUAAACCAAGAAUGUGAACAAUUUGCCUGGUAAUUUGUUGGCCAUAGCCACUUGUUGAUAGCGCUACAUAUUUAGCUUUCUUGAAACCGGAUGUGAACUGGACUUGCCUACUUGUCAAACUUUCCUGUUGCAGUCUCAAUCCCUUCAAAUUGAAAUCGCUUCUUAAUUUUUUGGAUGAACACCAUUAUUUAGAGCAAUUAUCUAAAUAUAUAAAAACAAGGGCCCUCAUGCAAGAAUCUGUCAGCCUUGUUUUUGAGUUGAUGUUGAAAAAGUCAUGCACAAAUGGUCCACAGCCACAAACCAACCAAUUAGCAUCAAAUUUAUGGCAAAAACAAGAAGACGUACAUAAACUAAAAUAUUGAAAGCAGAAGGAAAAAAGAAGACACAUAAAGAAAACUUUGCAGAGCAAUGUUACUUGUCGCUCAAACAUAAGCUUUUGAUGUUCUCAUAUUUCUAUUUUUCCUAUUUCUCCUCAACAGACAGCCUCAAACUGAUACUACACAGUAAUAAAACUGAUUUUAUUAGACCAAAACCCUUUGUGUAACAUGCAGUAAAUUUCAUCGUUGUUUUCAUGUCUGUCUGAUGAUUCUUCAGUUGCAUUACUAUAGUUGAAUCUUCUGACUCUGCCUAAUAGGAUUGCUGACACUGCUUACAUGUAUGCGGUUUUCAUCUGUAGACAUUAUAGUGUAAUAUUUUUUGGGUAAAUGUGCUACAAGUGAAAGAUGAUAUAAUUAUGGCAAAUGCUGUUAAACUGAAGAAUAGAGUUAAGACGUGUAUGGACUACAUAAUAAUGUAGGUUCUAAUAAUCGCUGAUGUUUUGGUGUGGUGUGUGUCUGUGGAGGACACACACACACACACGCACAGCUGGAAGGUCACAAAGUAUAACCUGUCAUUUUGGUGUGAAGAUACAUGCUUUUUAAUAAAUGAUAUACGGAGUAAUUGGAACAUAAUGGUGUAAACUUAGAGCAAUAUUACUUUUCAAAGAGGGGUAUCAGAAACAUAACAAUACAUAAAGGUAUAAUAUGCAUGAAGUCUAUCUCAAAAUAAUAGGGCAAAGUUUGAACAUGUCUGGGCAUGUUCUCUGUAAAACAUGACCUAAUGAUAACCUAAUGGACAUGUCUUCUGUAGGGAGUGAUCUCUGAGUGAAAUAUGAUGACCUGAAGUCACGAUCUGACCAAUAGAUUUAGAAAAGUCUAACGGUGUCAAAACUGUCACUCCUAUCAUACGCUCUAUAGACGUGGAAGAAUGACCAACUCUCCACACAAAAGACGGUGCACAGCUCAGUAUCUUUAGUUUUUUCUUGGGGUUUUAAUCACCGUUAAGAACUACUUCUGGAUUUUUGUCGACAAUAAGUACUGCUGCCUCCAAAUGCCAACUUCUCUUGUUGAUUUUUUUUUUUUUGAAGAUCUUUAACAUUUGAACACGGUCAAGUCUUAGACUCUGGCCCAUGAUUUGUGACUUAGAUUCCACUUCUUCAAUAUGUAGGCUAGAAGCUCCACGGUGUCAAGCUCUGAUUUUAUUCACCCGUUAACAGCAGUACUUGCCUCUUAGAAAGCAGUUUAAUUAUUUUGUCACCAAAAAAAAAUCCUCAUGAACCAUCAGUAUCCAUUAUCAUUAUUUUGAUCAGCAAUCUUGCUGUGUUUGUUUCACUGAUUGUGAAGUCUGGCAUUUAGAUUUUUUCACUUCCUCCGGCAGUUCCUUUCCAUGUGGGGCCAUAAUGUAGAUAGACACUGCCCGUAGGUCCAAAACUGAGAAGGAUCUGGUGUUCGCAGCUCAUUUUCUAAUCAUGUUCAUGCAAUUAGGCUGACUGGAAGUCAAAGGUGUACUCAGUUUAGUCUCAGUGAUUACACGUUUUCUGGCUUGUAUGUCAGUAAUCACAGGUGUAUUCACUUUUGUUGCACUAAGUUUCUGCUUCGAGGCCUGUAUUUUCAAAAUAGUCUUUCAAGCAAUCAUUGGAACUGUAGUAAUUGUUGAGAGGCGAUACAAUUGUGAAUAUUGCACAAAGGUGUACUCACUUUUGUUGUAUACUGUAAGUAAGGGAAAUUUAGGAAAAGAAAACAUUCUUGCAUGAGGCCCAUUGUAUUCUUCACCAUAUGGUUUACAGUAAAUGAUGCAGGUUUACACAUUGGUGCUUCCUCUGCUUUCUAAAAGGUCUUAAGAUCUAAAUCAAAACCUAAAGAGGAUUUCACAGGAGAAGUUCAUAUUUAGAAAUUGCUAUUUGUAUAUUUUUAGCUACUAACCCUAAUCCUCUGCAGGAAAUUGGCCGGAUGUGACAACUUUAGCAGUAAGUUUCAGAUUUUAAGAGCGAGUAACACUUUCUUGGAAAAAGCAGCAAACUUCAAGUGUUCUUCAACAUGCACUGAAAACUGAACUUGUGAACAUACAAUAGUUUAGAAAAACAGAGUACAUGAGAAAUACUGUAUUUUUAUUAAAAGGCAUUUUAUGUUUAGUGACUUAUCAGUGGAUAUUUCCAUUGUUAUACAUAAUUUCUGAAAUGGAGCUGUAGUGACUGAAUGUUACACUGACUGGCUUUUCUAUGUUUUUUACAUAUAUGAAGAACAGGGAACCACAGAAAUGCACAUAUUAUUACACUUUGCAACUUUAUUUCAACAGUACAAUAUGAAAUCAUAUUUGUGUCAUUUUGGUGUAUUUAUAUUGAUUGUAACAUCUUGCCAUGCAUUCUCAUUUUUGCUACUCAGUCAUUUUACUCAGUAUUCAGCCAUAAACAUGUACAUGUAUUUUUGAGCAAAUAGUCACAUUUUUACUGCUAAAUCUUGUUCUGUCAUGUUUAUUAUUUCAAUAAAAACUACAACAGUA